GGGUCAGUGGGGUUAAGGCGGAAUGGAAGGCCUCGGCCAGAAGAAAUCGUCGGCGGCAGUUUCUGAUGUGGGAGCUUGGGCCAUGAACGUCAUCAGUUCCGUCGGCAUUAUCAUGGCCAACAAGCAGCUCAUGUCCUCCGCCGGCUAUGCUUUCUCUUUUGCCACCACAUUGACGGGGUUCCAUUUCGCUAUAACUGCACUGGUUGGCUUUGUCUCCAAUGCAAGCGGUUAUUCUGCCUCCAAGCAUGUUCCCUUUUGGGAGCUUCUUUGGUUCUCUGUUGUUGCCAAUGUCUCCAUCACGGGGAUGAAUUUCAGCCUCAUGCUCAACUCAGUCGGCUUUUACCAGAUCUCAAAGUUGAGCAUGAUUCCUGUGGUUUGUGUGAUGGAAUGGAUGCUUAACAACAAGAAGUAUUCGAAGGAGGUCAAAAUGUCUGUUGUGGUUGUGGUUAUAGGUGUUGGUGUUUGCACGGUCACUGAUGUGAAAGUUAACCUCAAAGGCUUCAUAUGCGCCGGCCUGGCAGUUUUGUCCACUUCUUUCCAGCAAAUUUCUAUUGGAUCUCUUCAAAAGAAGCAUUCAGUUGGAUCGUUUGAAUUGCUGAGUAAGACUGCUCCAAUUCAAGCCGUUUCACUUCUCUUUUUCGGCCCGUUCAUUGAUUACUACCUUAGUGGUACAUUCAUAACAAACUAUAACAUGUCUUCUGGCGUCAUUGCAUUCAUUCUUCUUUCAUGCUCCUUAGCUGUGUUCUGCAAUAUUAGCCAGUACCUCUGCAUUGGACGUUUCUCUGCUGUUUCAUUUCAGGUUUUAGGUCACAUGAAAACAGUAUGCGUCCUCACACUCGGGUGGCUUCUCUUUGAUUCAGAGCUUACCUUCAAGAACAUUAUGGGGAUGAUAAUUGCAGUGGUUGGCAUGGUGAUUUAUAGUUGGGCUGUGGAGGCAGAAAAACAGUCCGGAAAACCCUUGAGCAAUUCAAAAACCAGCCUGACAGAGGAGGAAAUAAAUCUUUUGAAGGUAGGACUGGAUGCCACUACUGUGAAGGAUGUAGAACAUGCAGCAACUAAAGUAUAGAAGAUGUAGACGACCCAUUUUUGGCUGGAAAAGGAAAAUAUAUAGCUCGAGGCAAGGAAAUGAAAUGAGAAGACAAGUCCUAUCAUUUUUGGACUCCUGCUCAGCUGACUCCGAAACCAAAUCCUUUUAGUAUAUGUUCCUGUUUCAUAAUUUCAUUGAUUCAGUAAGUGCCCUUUUUUGUCUAUUACUUGUGACCUUAAUCUUAUUAUUAUUAUUAUUUUUUCAUAUAGCCUAUAUCUGUAUCUGCAAAGAAGUACGUAAAACUAAAACUGUAGUAGAAAGCGCCGAGUUCUAUUUAUUCAUUGCGUUC